UAUACAUAUACACGAGCAUCUCACAGCCGCGACUUGCAUCGUAAAAAUACCCACUGGGUUGUCGGUGCCAAGUCUGCAGGCCAAGCUUUGACGUAAACUCCCGCUUUGUUGGCCGGCCAGCCAGCCUUCCUCCCAUCGCGUGCACCACCCAACGCACAACCCCUCCCCCUGCCGCCGCCGCCGCCGUUGCCGCCGCCACCCCCCUCCCUGCCACGACCUUUACUCUCAACAUCUCGCAUCACAACCUCUCUCGACAUGACAACUCCCCCUUCUUAUGGCUCCACGCCGUCCACCCCUCCACCAUCAGGCAUGACACCCACUCCGCGCCGCCGCCGAAGGCGACACACGCACGCGCCCGGCGCGUCGGUGCUCUCGUCCUUUUCGAAUCUCGCCAACACCAUCAUCGGGUCUGGCGCGCUCGCCUUCCCCGCCGCAUUCGCGAGUAUGGGCAUGAUCCCAGGCAUCGUGUCAUGUCUCGUCUCGGCCACCACGGCAGCCUUUGGCCUGUGGCUCCUCAGCCGGUGCGCGACCGUCGUGGGCGUCCGACCGGGCGACGAGGGCCGCAAAGCCAGCUUUAACGAGGUGGCGCGUCUGGCUUUCGGAAAGGGAUGGGUCACGCGCGUGUUUGAUCUCGCAAUCGCAAUCAAGUGCUUUGGCGUGUCGGUGUCUUAUCUCAUCAUCUGCAAGACCCUGCUUCCUCAGGUUUCCGUUACGUUUGCACACCUCUUCCACACGAAGAUCCCGGACGGCUCGUUCCUGCUCUCGCAGACGUUCUGGCUGUUGGCCACCGCCCCGGUCGUCGUGCCACUCUCCUUUAUGCGAACUCUCGACAGUCUCCGUUUCACGAGCCAGAUUGCCCUCUCCUCUGUGGCAUACAUGGUUAUCGUUGUCAUCGGAUGGUACUUUAUCAAGGGACCUGACCCCAACCGUGGCGAGGUCGUCCUCGCUCGUUUUGGCCCCAACACGCUGGCCGCGUUCCCAGUCCAGGUCUUUGCGUUCACCUGCGCGCAGAAUCUCUUCCCCAUUUACAACGAGCUCAAAGACCGCACACAGCAGAAGAUGAACCUGGUCAUUGGCUCGUCCAUUUAUGGUGCGGCGGCGGUGUACGAAGUGCUCGGCAUCGUCGGCUACCUCACGUUCGGCUCCAAGGUCAGCUCCAACGUCAUUUCCAUGUACCCUGCCGAGUCGUUUGUGGUCGCUAUCGGCCGCCUGGGCAUUGUCUUCCUCGUCGGCCUCUCGUACCCGCUCCAGGCGCUCCCGUGCCGAUCCUGCAUCUACCUUCUCACCUCGGGCAUCAUCAAGGGCAAGAAGCACAAGCCAGUGCCCGCGCCUGUCGACUACGAGAGCGAGGAGGACUCUGACGAGUCGUCCCUGCUGGGCAACGAGAACGACAUGCUCGUGCCCAAGGUCGGCGACGCGGCCCACGGCCCGUCUGCCACCGAGAUGCCGGCGAAGAAGUUUGUCGGUUUCACCAUCGGCAUCGUCGUGGCCGGUUACACGAUCGCAUGGCUCGUGGACGAGCUGGAUGUCGUCCUUGGGUUCGUUGGCUCGACAGGAUCCACCAUCAUCAGCUUCAUCCUCCCCGGCUUUUUCUAUUUCCGUCUGUUCCGCAACGAGCCAGGACAUACCAAGUGGCUGGCGCUCGCGCUCGGUGUGUAUGGCGUUAUCGUCAUGACCUUCUGUCUCACGUUCAACAUUCUCAACUUGAAGACUGGUCCUGGCAAGAAGGACGUUCCGGUGUAGGCUGGCUAGCAAGCGAAGGGCGAAGCAGAAGACAUUGAUAUCCAAGACAUUGGACACUCCCUCCCACCACCUCCAUCACCAUAACUCAAAGAAGAGCUAGAAUACAGAUGUACUGUAAUGUACGAUGG